AUGUCAAGUGAAAUUGACAUUCAAAUCAAACCAUAUUGGAAUAUUAUAGAACAGAUCACUUACAUUGACGAACUCUUGUUGAAAGGUGAUUGUAUAAUAGUUCCAGAAUGUAUGAGAAAAGAAAUGCAAAUUCACAGAAGUCACUUGGGAAUUGAAAAGUGUCUCCGAAGAGCCCGAGAAAUUUUAUACUGGCCAAGUAUGAAUUCUCAGAUCCGUGAUAUUGUUUCACAAUGUGGAAUUUGUUGUCACUAUAGAAACAAACAACAAAAAGAAUCACUACAUUCACAUGAGAUCCCAGAAAGACCCUGGCAAGUGGUUACAUCGGAUUUGUUCGAAUUGGAUCGUGAAAAUUACGUUGUGAUUGUGGAUUACUAUUCAAAGUUUUUCGAAGUUUCAAAACUGAAAGAUACAAAGAGUAACACUGUCAUUGAAGUUUUGAAAGAAAACUUUGCUCGACAUGGCAUACCAGAAAUAGUAAAAUCUGACAAUGGACCUCAGUAUUCAAAUUAUGAAUUCAAAGAGUUUGCAAAGAUUUAUGGAUUUGUUCAUAUCACAUCAUUGCCAAGAUAUCCACAGAGCAAUGGAAUGGCAGAGCGUACUGUUCAAACAGUAAAAAAGAUUUUCAAAAAAGCUAAAGAAACUGGAAGAGAUCCAUAUCUGGCAUUGCUAGAUUUCAGGAAUACACCUAUUGAAAAUUUCGGUACACCAACUCAGUUGUUGAUGGGUCGUCGUACACGGACUACUCUACCCACUAGACCAUCUCUUCUCAAACCAGGAUUCAGUCACAGACUUGUGCGUAAUUCAUUGAUGAGAAAACGGGAAAAACAAAAACUAUGGUACAAGACAGCGAAACCUUUAAAGAAACUGAAACCAGGAGAUGUUGUUCGAAUGCGAGAUGAGCAGAAAACAUGGUCACCAGCUGUUGUUGUGAAAAACUCUCAUGAACCACGUUCAUAUGUUGUACAAAAGAACAAUACACUAUACAGAAGAAAUCGGUGA